AUAAUUCAGAGAAAUGUUUCACUUGAGGAAAAGGAUCCAGAAUACAACAUUUUCCUAGAGGAGUUUACGAAAGGAAGCUUUAAUCUCGUGUUCAUUGGCUGCUUUUUCUGUGUGUUUGCCGUGCUGAUACACAAAGUGCGUCUGCAGGUCACAGUAGAGGGUGUUAUCGGCGGUUCUGUUGUCCUGCCGUGUUCCUCAACUCAACAGGAUCUUAAACUUCAAGACAUCUGUGUUCAUUGGAGACACAAUGACACUGAGAUCGUGUAUGAUAUAGUCAAGGGUGCAGAUGUAGUUUUGGUACAAAACACGAGGUAUAAGAACAGAGCUAAAACUUUCUCUGACGAGUAUCUGAGAGGAAACUUCUCCAUCAAACUCAACAAUCUUCAACACACUGAUGGAGGGAAGUUCAGCUGCCUCAUCACACCCUCAGAUGAACAGGAAACUAUACAACUGAACAUCGAGGAAUUAACAGCAGGAAAAGGAAACAAAUCUGUUGAACAAGCAAACCAUGGAUCAGCCCAGACAAACACUGGUUUAAUAAUCUGUGUUGUUGUGAUAGUAAUUGUAUUAAUUUUAAUAUCUGCAAUGAUCCAUUUCAUGUAUCGCAGGAGAGGAUUUCAGGCGGCCGUAUAGAAGUAACAAAGGCAAAAUGAAGGAUUGGGCCGUUUUCUUCUGAACUGGACAGAUUGUUUACUGAACAAUAAAAACAAAGCUACUGACCAGUGUUUUAUGUUUUUGUUUUACAGAAAAAUAAGACACCAUUCUGUAGUUAUGAAAAGGCAGUCUUAAUUUCCUCAGAUGUUUAUGGAAGGGAUAAUGUACAUCCGCUUCAGGUCAUGGUCUUGAUCACCCUGUCAGGGUUUAUUAUGAGAGAACACUGGCUGGAUGUACAUUAUCCCGCUUAUUACACGGCUACUUGCCACAUAAGUAAAUAAUUAGAGACCGUACACUCUCUCUGUCAAAGCUUCUGUUAUCUUAUCUGCUCAAGUAGUAUUUUCUGUUGAUACUCUAACAAGCAACUCUAACAAAUUAUGUCACAGAUGCAAAUAAAAUUAUAAACUAUGCCUUAGUAUACGUACAGUAAAGCAAAAUGUAGCGAAGCAUGCAUGGGAAAUAACCUAGAUACUUUUAAGAUUUGCUUUUAGAAUAGCUCUCUGAAACAAAUGAAAUAUUAUUAAACAGCAAUUAACUUGCUCCAGCUCUUGACUGUCUUGCUUUCUACAGGGACAGGUUCAAGAGUUAAUGUCACGGUCUCCUUCAUCUGCUGAACAAAUCAA